AUGACCGUUAAGCCCAUGGAGAAAGGAAAUAGAAAAAGUUUGAAGCGAUACGGUGAGCCUGGGUCCGACGAGAACCAGGUAUCAGCCUCGUCGAGCAAUUGCUCAACCCCGAGAUCAUGUACUAAUUCGGCAAGCACCUCCCUAGACGCCGACUUUUCGAAGAUCUCUCUUUCGGGGUCGUCUAUGAACUCGCAGCUGGAGGCACUCGCGAAUACAAAUUUACUAACUGUGAGAAUAAAGCUUGCUGAUCGAGGUGACGAUGCAUCUGAUGAGAUGCAGGGCAUUGUGUCCGAGCUGGAGGCUGUGUGCCAUCACCACAAGGGGACGUUUGUGAAUGCUGCUAACAUUGAGCCAUAUGAAUACCUAGCCGAUAGUAGGAGGUUGAACGUCAUUGAAGAGCAUAAAGAUAUUUAUAUCUUCGAGAGUGGGAACGUUGAGUUUGCAAGCGCCAGCUCAAGUGAUAGCAAGGAGACACCGUAUAAUUACGAUAAAGUUAUUCAGGUUCAGUUCAAAAGAUUUAACGUACUCAAGUCGGUUUGCAAUGUGGUUCAAAAUAUCUUAAAAAGUAAAAAUGAGUUAAUUGAGAAAUGGUCUAUUAGUUACAACGGGCAUGCACUGGCACAACCAGGCAACCUUUACGUGAAAGGAGUGCCGAAAGAUAUGCUGCUGGACCAGGUUAUUCCCAUCUUUUCCAAGUUUGGUCCAGUUUCAUGUCUCAAAAUUAUAUGCGAUAAUGUAACUGGUGAGUCACUCGGCUAUGGUUUUGUUUCAUAUCCGUUGGGUUCUCAGGCAUCCAGAUGCAUAAGCGAAUUGAAUGGUAAGAAACUGGGUUCCAGUACAUUGUUCAUCAAUUUCCACAUUGAGAGGAAAGAGAGGGAGCGAAUCUAUCGAGACAACAUCAAGGAAAAUAGCGAUGACGAGAAGUUCAGGGGCGUUUUUGUCGGGAACCUGCCCGUUCUUAAUUCUAACAAUGAAGUUCUAACCCCGGAAGAUGUCAUCAAGCUUUUCCGCGAGCGAUUAGCACCAUUAAUGACGGAUCUUGUCAUCGAGUCCGUGUAUUUUCCUAGGAAAAUCAGACCGGGCGGUUCUCAGUUUCUUUCGGAGAUCGACACAGAAGUGGAAAAUGAAGCUGCGAAGUACGAGAAAUCGGCUGAGGAGGGGUGUGAGGCCAUCGACGACACUAAACGGUACUGUCCUCAACAUGAUGACAAUCCCUUUAAAAAUUACGGAUUCAUCAAGUUUGCAAACCAUGCACAAGCCGUGAAAGCCAUAGAGGUAUUCAACGAUUUCGAAUGGCUAGGCCGUAAGCUUGUGGUUAACAAGGCCGCUCAAAACAAAGCACAGGCCUAUCAUCAUAAGAAACCGCUAAUUUCGACUGGCUUUGGGAAUAGAGGUGAUAAUAACUAUUAUCCUGCUCCGAACUUGUAUGGGUUAUAUGGCGGGCUUGGGAACUUGUUCUUCCCUUAUGUCAAUUCUAUGGGUUCACUUUCAGCGUCAUCCUCGGACGAUACAGAUCUGUCAGAUAGCGAAGCUGCAUAUCCUUUGAACCGAUCUCGAAGUGCUGGCCCGUACAGCCCCGCUUUUCAGACUUUUGAGCAGAUGCCCAGUCCUGCCCAAGCUUUCGAUCCUUCUGCUACCGGUGGUACUGUAUUCCCAAUGAAUGCAUACGGGAUUAUUUCUCAAAGCCCACCGUUUGCAUUGCCGCUACCGACUCGGGACCAGCAGGAGUCGAAUCUAUAUGUCAAGCAUAUUCCAUUAUCUUGGAAGGAUGAGGACCUCUACGACUUCUAUCAAGUAUUUGGAGACAUAAUCAGCGCCAAGAUUAUAACAAUAGGAGGCGGUAAAGGCCGGAAUUGCGAGGGCCAAAGUUCGCCAAUUUCUAAUGCAGUUAAUCGUGAUCCGAACCAUCCAGGAACUUCUAGAGGAUAUGGUUUUGUUUGCUUCAAGAAUCCGCUGGAUGCAUCGCGCGCUAUUCUGGCGACGAACAACUUUCCAUUGUCACACGCUCACAUCCUUCAUGUAUCUUUUGCGCAAAAACGAGCAAGAUUCGGCCAAAGCGGUGUAGGUUCAGGUCAUGGCCAACGCGCAAACCCCGAUAGUCAUCCAUUCAAUCCAAAAUUAGCAUCAAACAGAGCGUCUUUCAACGAACAUUCUAGAGGUCAGAUUAAUGUCAAGUUCCUGAAUGCCAUGAGGCAACAAAGACCAAGUACUGGCGGACCUAUGCCCAGCAACUUCUUGCCUCGCGGCGGCGCUUGGGCAGGUGUACCCAUAGCUCCGCCUUCGGUAUCCCAUGCGUUGCCUUCAGCUCCUUUUGUGCCGUCAAGCGCUAACACCUCUCUGAUGAUGAGGGAGCCCUAUGUGAUGCAUCAUCCGAACUCGAGAUCUGAUGAUGAUGAGGCCGAUGACGGGAUUUCAGUCUGA